GUUUUAGCUAGGCACCUGUGGGUGAGCUGAGAUGGGCCGCGCCGAAAGCCCCCGUCCGCGAGCACUGGCACAACAGCAGCAUCGUGCCCAUCGUCGACGGGUCAAAGCAGGGCGGGAAUUUUCCACAGACAUCACCGUGACGGUUUAGGGUCCAGAGCGCCUUUACUCAGGCCUACCUCACGCGCAAUGCAUUUAAUUUCAACUCGACCAGCGAGAGGGUGUAUGGCGGCGGGUAGUGUUCCGAGGCCAACCCUGCCAGCGCGCGGUACCCUCACGAUGCCGAAGACUGCAUAUUCUUAGACUUUUUCGCGCCCAGAACCAUCUUCAACUCAGCCAAUUCGUCUUCAAAGGCACCAGUACUUGUCUACAUAUAUGGCGGCGGGUGGGCCAGUGCUGCAAAGGACAGCUUUAGUCACUUCUAUCUUUUACGAACCCGACAUGCCCUUAUAUACCCUCCAAUCUCUAGGAAGUCCGGCUGGACUGCUCGAUAGUAGCCGGGUGACGAGCCCAGAUAGCAUCAUAUACGUCGCCUUCAAUUACAGGCUCGGGUCCCUAGGAUGGAUGUUUAGGUCUAAAUUCAUUUCACAAGGUGGCCAAGUCAACGGAGGGCUCUAUGACCAGCACCUUGCCCUUCAAUGGAUCCAGCAGAACAUCCACAUAUUCGGAGGCGACCCAAACAGGGUCACGGUGAUGGGAGUGUCUGCCGGCGGUGGCUCCAUUGUUCAACAAAUGACAGCAUUCGGCAAUAGAAACAACCAGAGCACAACCUUCCAGCAGGCUAUCACUCAGUCCCCCUCAAUGGUACCAUGGCAGUCGCCGAGCGUUAAAAACCAGAGGUCCGCCCAGCUCCUUAACCUGCUCAACGUAUCAAGCUUAGAAGCCUCAAGACAGCUGCCCUCCCAGAAGGUCAUCGACGAGAGCCACAUCCUGCUCUCUAGCACCCCCUACGGAACAAUCUUGCUUAGCCCUGUUGUCGACGGCGAGUUCAUCCCAGACGACCCAAGGAGGCUUCUACGCGACGGCAGGGUCGACGAGAGGGUCAAGGUACUCACAACCAUUGAAUCGAACGAAGCCGUCCCCUUUGCCCCGGCCAACGUCACGAGCGAGGCCGACUUUCGCCAGUAUGUGGACGUCUUCUUGGGGGCCGCCGACAUCGACGUCCGCGACCACGUCGCCGACACUGUAUAUCCGCCUGUCUUCGACGGCUCGUUGGGGUACACCGACCAGCUGGGCAGCGCGCGGUUGUUCUGGGGCGAGCUCGUGAGCACUUGCAACACGCCAUUCCUGCACGAGGCCGUUGCCCAGCCCGGAUAUUCCAAUCUGUUCGAUGUCUGGCCGGCAAUGCACCAAGGGGGCGUCCCAUACGUGUUCUUCAACGGCCGAGCCAUGAGUGGUGUCAAUGGGACUGUCGCACGCGUCAUUCAGGACUACAUCACCGCUUUCGUCGCCAACGGUGACCCAAACAACACAGAGUCUCCCGCUCUUUCGGAGUGGGAUCUGUCAUCUAUGCUGGCAAUGUCGGACAGGAAAUUCCAGCUGGCGGCUGAUCCGACUGCUAAUGACCGAUGCGGAUAUUGGCAUGACGCGCCCUUUCAGUCAUAGUUGAACAUUUGGAAACAGGGAUAUCGCAAACUUGUCCUAGUCGGGCACUAUCUCCGCCACUUUCAGCUUCAUACUUACCAUUUGAAAGACCUUGGAGACAUAGGACUGGGGACUUUCGGAUCUUUCCUUAUGUUCAUUGCCUCCUCAUUUUCGCUUAGUUGAGCUUCUUGCUUUCUC